UUUCUCAGGCUGCACUGUUUUUGUGUGUUACGCUCAUGAUGAUGCAUGAAGAGCUGUAUGAUUUCUUGAACAGACGGCGGUCGGUGGGUUCGCUCCGCUGGUUCCUGGAGGAACCGGACUCUCCGACCCCGUUGCAGGAGUACCUGCAGAAGCUACUGGAGAUGAAGAUGCUCAGUAGUGAUCAGUUUGAUAACCUGGAAAAGCACACACAGUGGGGAAUCGACUUUGUGGAAAAAUACACCAAAUUUGUGAAGGAAAGGUCUGAGAUCGAGCUUAACUAUGCAAGACAGAUCAGGAAUCUGUCCAAGAAAUACCAGCCUAAGAAGAAAGAGGAAGACGACAAUAAGUACACAUGGUGCCGCGCGUUUCAUUCGACGCUAAACGAGCUGAACGAUUACGCCGGGCAGCAUGAGCUCAUCGCAGAGAACAUGACGUCACAGAUCAUCGCCGAACUCAUGCGAUACGCGCAGGAAAUCAAAACAGAGAGGAAAGCGCAUUUCCAUGAUGGACGGAAGGCACAGCAACAGGUCGAAGCCAGUUGGAAACAGCUGGAAUCGUGUAAGCGGAAGUUUGAGCGGGAUUGUAAAGAAGCGGAUCGAGCCCAGCAGUACUUUGAGAAGCUGGACGCAGACAUCAAUGUGACGAAAGCAGACGUGGAGAAGGCACGGCAGCAGGCUCAGAUGAGACACCAGAUGGCUUCUGACAGCAAGAAUGAAUAUUCCUCAUGCCUGCAGAAGUUCAACCAGGAACAGAAUGAACAUUAUUACACCAUCAUCCCUAAUAUCUUCCAGAAGAUCCAGGCAAUGGAGGAGAAGAGGAUAGAGCGAAUGGGCGAGUCGCUGAAGACAUUUGCGGAGGUCGACCGACAGAUUCUGCCCAUCAUUGGGAAAUGCCUGGAUGGAAUAACACAAGUGGCCGAGUCCAUCGAACCCAAGAAUGACUCCUCUCAGGUCAUAGAGUCGUAUAAGUCUGGGUUCGAGCCUCCUGGCGAUGUGGAGUUUGAAGACUACGGUCAGGCGAUGAAGAGGACGGUGUCUGAGACCAGUCUGACUAACUCACGCUCGGACAACAAAGCGGACCGUUCCAGCAAGGGCAAGAGCAAAACUCUCUGGCCUUUCAUUAAGAAAAACAAGCCACUCAUCGUUGCUGUUCCCGUGGUAACCACAUUCUUCUUCCUUUUCCUCGUCUUCCUCUGUCUUCUUGUGACCUUUGACAUUUGUCUCAAAGGCUCUGCUCUUACUGAGCAUGCUCAGUCCAAACCCCGCCUAACCUUGCAGGACCAGGAUUUGUCCCACCGAUUCAACGACCUCAUGACCUCCAAGCCCAAAAUGCACUGCCUCAGGAGCCUCCGGCGAGGGCUCUCUUUAAAGCUGGGUUCGAAUCCUGAGGACUUCAGUCAUCUUCCUCCAGAGCAGAGAAGGAAGAAGCUUCAGGCGAAGAUCGACGACAUCAAUAAAGACAUACAGAAAGAGAUGGACCAGAGAGAUGCUUUGACUAAAAUGAAGGAAGUGUAUGUGAAGAACCCACAGAUGGGGGAUCCCAACAGCGUGGACCCUCGGUUAGCAGAGAUCGCCCACAACAUUGAGAAGCUGCAGGCAGAGGCACAGAAAUUUGAGGGCUGGUUAGCGGAGGUCGAAGGAAGGAUGCCGGUAAAGAGUGACCCUCUGAAGAGGACGAGUGUUCUAUACGAGACCCAAAACAGCACACCACCCACCAACAACAACUGCGCACAGGAUAGAGAGAGUCCGGAUGGCAGUUAUACAGAGGAACCGAGUUCUGAGGUCCAGAGUAAAGUCCAACCUGAAACAGCAGAGUCUGGAGAUGAAUUUGAUGACGCAGAUGAAGAAAUGCUACCGACCAUCGGCACCUGCAAAGCCCUCUACCCGUUUGAAGGUGCUAAUGAAGGCACCAUCUCAGUAGUGGAGGGUGAGCUCUUGUAUGUAAUAGAGGAAGACAAAGGUGACGGAUGGACGCGUAUUAGAAGAAACGAGGAAGAGGAGGGUUAUGUGCCCACAUCCUACGUCGAGGUCUUUCUGGACUCCAACGCCAAAGGUGCCAUAACCUACAUAUGA